AUGAGUCUUUCCAAAGCAGACAAGACGGUUAUGACCCCCGGCUGGGUGGCCACAACCCAAGCGUUUCUACGCUGGGUCUUCACCCCACUGGGAUUCUUCAUCACGAUCUAUGGGCUGAACGUGAUUGCCUGGGGCGGAAUGCUCUUUUUAUUACUGUGCAAUGCAGCCCCAGCGAUGUGCCAUCCCAGCUGUAACAGCCCCAACUCAUCGCGUCGCAUCUGGAUCGAGAUCGAUUCCCAAAUUCUUAAUGCACUGUUCUGUGUUACUGGCUUUGGAUUAGCUCCAUGGCGCAUUCGUGACCUGUGCCAGUGGUGCCGUUGGAGAUUAGCUCGCUCUCCCCGCACUCGCCAACGAGGGCUGGCCCAUCUAGCGGAGAUCCAUGCCAAAUGGUUCCUCCCAGAGGCACAAGACGGGGUCCUGCCAAGUACCACCGACGCCGCAAGUGGCUUGAGACUGCCCACCCCGCUGUGGAAGAUGGACGCGGUAGUCUGGGGAAACAUGUUAAACUCCAUCUUUCAAGUCUGUUUGGCUGUCUGCAUGUGGGCCAUGAACCGAUUCAACCGACCCAGUUGGACCACGGGCCUCUUUGUGUGUCUGGCUUGCCUGGUUGCCGCGGGCGCUGGGAUCAUCAUGUGGCUGGAGAAGAAACGCAUCAACAAAGCUAGUGAGCAUCCAGGCGCUCUGUUGCUGGUGCCUCAUGCCAACCCCUCUGCCCGCUCUGAUACACUUGGACAGGGAUACCUGCACGUGAACCAGGCAGACUCAUCUUAA